AUGGAAUCGGGCAUAGACCUCAGCACCAUAACCACCCAGGAAGCAACGAGAAGUCUGAUAGCGAAGGGAUUCUUAACGGAAACGGUGAGUGAUACACCGACACACAGCGACCUGGCCCUGGCCAUACUUCGCGCAGCGGCCACGGGUGGCUUGUCAGUGAUAGUCGCAGACGCACUACGCACCGUAGCACACUUGGUCGAAACGCUCAACGGCCCCACGCACAUCAAGCAGCUAGGAGAAGACAUCCAAGGGGUGCUAAGGAUUCUACAAGGAGAACUCGCCGACCCUAACGACGACGAAGAGGGGCAUGGACGGCCUACACUGAUGACGGCAAAGCUCACCAACACCGUCGAGCAGCACUGCAAAACCCUGGAACGAGCCACCACACAACUCGAAACGUGCAUAGACGAAGCGUCAGCGCGGGCAGCAAAAGCCGCGGCUCACACAACGAGCGCGCUCCAAGCGCGCACCGUCACAUACGCAGACGCGGUACGAGAAGCACCACCACCUCAGCUGGCGACAGCUUUCGCGCAAUCUCGAGCCCGCAGACUACAAAUCACCAUACGCCCGGAACGCGACACAACGGCCACAUGGCAGAACCUAAACGACAGAGAGACCCUCACAAAAGUCAACAUCGCGCUGACCACGGCACACGAAAACGAAAACACGAACGGCAACGAAAAGCCAGAGGAGCUGAAAGCACGAGCAUCGCAGCGCACCAGGAAUGGCGCUUUGAUCAUACACAUGACGACAGUGGAGGGCGCAGAAUGGAUACAACAGCCGGAAAACAUGCGGGCCUUCUUGGGAGCACUAGGAGGCACCACCGUACACACCCCGCACAACUACACUGUCAUAGCGGACUUUGUACCAGUGACCUUCGACCCCGAAUCACCCACGGCCAUCAGCGAGCUGGAAGACAACAACGGGCAUGAAAACGGGCAGAUUGCCAGCGCGAGAUACAUCAAGCCGAUGGAACGGAGGGCGCGUGGACAGAGGGUCGCCCACGUUACGAUCGGAUUCAAGACAGCGGAGGCGGCAAACAGAGCCAUAAAAUUCGGGCUGUUCGUAGAGUGCACAAAGGUAAACUGCAGGAAGAUGCUACAAGAACCGACAAGAUGCGUCAAGUGUCAAUUCUACAACACGGGGCACGUAGCAAGAACCUGCAACUCCAUCCACGACACAUGUGCAAGAUGCGGAGAAAUGCACCGCACCAGCACGUGCGCCGCCACAGAUGAACAGGUAGCAUGCUCGAACUGCAGGGCUAACAAUCUCCCAGCACAUGGACACGGAGCCGCUGACCGAACAUGUCCGGUGUUUGCCAAGACCCUACGAGAAAGUCGCCAACGCAACACCGAUGCGCAGUACCGAUACUACCCAACCGCCGAUGACCCGGACAGCUGGGAGACCACCCAUGCACACGCGCCAGACAUCCAGCACCAAGGGCGCACCUUCCAAGGUGGAAACCGACCAACGACACAUCCACCGGCAACGACAGCGAACACAAUCACGAUCACGCCACGUGCAACACAACGGCCAGACACACAUACGGAACCACCGGCACUACAAGCCCAGAGGCCAGCUUGCCAGGCGCGCACCUUUGGAGACCAAAUACGACCAGGGACGACCCUGCGGCAGACCACUUUGCCCUUCCAGCCAGCACACCGCGCCAUACGCCCACUCUCACCGCCAUAUUCGACGGGACCGUACCCCGGAUCACAGCCCAGAUCAUGGGACAACCAAGUCAGCGAACAAGGAACCGGCAACCCUCUUUUCCCGCGGGCAACCCCGCCGAACAAAGAAUGA